AUGGCCUCUUCUCAAGUGGAAGUCGCGUCCUCCUCUUCACCUGCCUCGUUUGGAUGCGUGAUGAGGAAUCACAGCCGCCGGGAGCGUUGCAGUUCUGGAGGGUCCAACUCUUUCCCGGAUAAUCUCAAGGAUUUGGUGCAUUCUUGUAUUUCCGGCGAUCCGAGAAAGUCCAACGCCGACGCCGACGAAAAGGUUGUGGACCUCACGGACUUGUGGGUUCAUAAACCGCAGUAUAAUAAUAAUAAUAAUAACGAUCGGAAUAGUAAUAGUAAUAGUAAUGAUAAUGGUAAUAGUAAUGGUAAUGCUGCAGAAGAUCAAAAGAGCCCGAAAAAGAGCGGCGGCGGGAAGAGUGGUUCUGAGAAUUGGGAGAGAGCUAGGAAGAAAGUGUUGUCGUCGGGGAGAAGGGAAGAAGAGAAUGAAGGGUUGGAGGCUCAGAGGGUGGUGUCUUCAAUCGUGAAGAGAUGGAAAGAUUUCGAGGCGGAGAAGAAGACCCCGCAGCCGCAGCUGACCAAUAGUUCCUCCACUUGCUCCACCAGAACUAACUCGGCGGCGACGUUGCUAUCGGAGAACGUGGAGAUCCCUCCCGCUCCGGCCAGCUCCGUGGCCUGCGAUGAAUCCUCGGAUGGAACCGACACGCCCACGAACGACGCCGACUCUUCGUUCGCGGACUGGGAAUCGGAUCGGCGGGUGAUGAGCGCGCCGCCGUCGAUUCGCGGGAGAGAUUCCGACGCGACGGAGAGCGAGAGGGUGAGGGUAAUAGACAUCAUCAAGAAACUCACCUCCAGCGGCGGCGAAGAGAGCCACGACCGCGACCACAACAACACCAGCGCCAACGCCGCCGCAAUGAAUGAAGCAGCGCCGCCGCUGCCCCGUGUCAAAACCUCCGCGUCGGAGCACGGCUGUUUAUGCCCUCUCAUCCCCUCGUCGCCUCGCAAGAUCAGAGGCCGCCGGGCGUUCACCGACUUGCUUAUGCAAAUGGAGCGAGAAAGAGUGAGAGAGCUCGAAAGUAUUUCAGGGCGCAAAGCCGUAUCCAAAUUCCAGCAAAAAGGCCGCAUUCAGGCUAUGUUGAAGCUUAAGCUCCUAAGACGCGAGACGGAAGUGAAAGAUUCAGCACCCACUAAUUGCAUGUCGCCUCAAUCAAUCAAAUGCACUCAGUCCUCUAUAAUGCAUCUCAGGGAGAAAUUCAAAACAGACUCAAAACCAACUUCCAAAGAAGCUGACUGCAGCAACAGCCCAGACACCUGCAAUAGUAGACCUGCAAUUCCCACUUGCAAGCGCAAAAAUUCAAUGAAGGAGAGGGAGAAGAAAGAGAAGAAGGAGAAUAAUACUAAUGCCUCAACAACAUCAAAGCAAGAAGAGAAUCAUCAUCAUCAACAAGGUGGUCGCGAAGCGGGUGAGAAAACAAGGCCGCCUGUGGAAACAAUAAAUACUCAAGCCACAACUGACCUAUCAAAUCAAUGCAGCAAAGACAUUACCAAAUCUGAUCAAAUUAAAGUUUGCCAAAACUGUCAACAAACUGACUCAAAUAUUAGUCCCAAAGAGAGUUCAAAGAAACCCAGCAAGGCUGAAAGGGCGUUGCAGGUAGUGAUCCCUGAGCUAACAGAAGCUGCGGCAGAAACAACAAAACCUUCAGCCUGUAGCAAAAGUGAAGAAACUGGGAGUAAUGUGAAAGAACAACAAAGGAAUAGCCUCGAAUGGACGAACGAUUGGGAUGAAAACGACUGGGGCUGGAUAAGAGACUUUUCCCAGCACACACACAACGGAUGGGAUCGACUACGCCUCCAUUUCCAGCCUCAUCAUCAUCAUCAAGAAGAUGUCCAGAAACGAGUAAUUUCUAAUGAGGAGGAGGCCAGCCAUGAAUGGAUUAAUGAUGUUUCCCGCCCACGCAGCGAAUGGGAAGAUCUCAGGCAAGCAAGAUAUCAAGAGAUGCUUGACCCUUACUUCAAUAAUGACUUACAACAACUGCUCCAAAGGAAAAGUGUUUCCAAUUUUCUUUCAGGUGGUUUGCGAGACAAAAUAGAUCAACUCAUGAUGACUCGUUCGCAAAAACAAUCACCCCCAGAGAACCAUGAGAUACAGAAACAAGUGACUGACAACAAGGGCGAAAAGGCAGUGGAAGAGGGAGUUCAGAGUGGUGGAGAAAGAAAAACUUGUCAAGAAGAGGACGAGUAUGGAGAUGGUAACGAUUCCACCCAAACUUGGAGCAAUAAUCAAGAAUGUGACAUUAGGGAUGAUUAUGAUCAGAUGGCAUCAACCGCUUUACCUCAAUUCCAAUCAUCCACCUUUUUCUCCCAAGAAAAUGAAAUGAAACUCAUACAUGGACUAAUGGGACACAUGGAGCAACUCCAUCAAGAGAUGUCGGAAAUACGAAGAGCACUCAUCAGCUGCAUAGACAUGCAAGUGAAACUACAGAAUUCGAUCAAGGACGAGGUUGUAUCCGCGUUUAAUCAGUUAGGUAAAGAUAACGUAAAGGUCCCCAGCGAAGAUGAAUGCAAAAGCAAAGUUGAUGAAUGCAAAAGCAAACGGAACUGCAUUAUGUGCCACGAGAUGGUAGUCAAUGCUCUACUUUACAGAUGUGGACAUAUGAUCACGUGCUACAAGUGUGCCCAGGAGUUACAGUGGGGUGAUGGGAAGUGCCCCGUAUGCCAAGCUCCAAUCAUGGACGUUGUGCGUGCAUGCGUGGAUGCAUGAAGCUAAGGACGAAUUAUAUAUACAUAUAUGGAAAGGAAUAUGAAUAUAUGAUGAUGAGCUUUCUCUAGAUUUAAUUGUUGCUGUAUAUAUUAUUUUUAACUUUAAUUUCGGUCCAGCAAAUAGGUUGUUGGAAAAGACCAGACUGACACAUAAAAAUACACUUAAUCUUCAUUGGUUUACACUAA